AUGGUGCAGAAACGUUCUUUUGAUGCUGAGGAAAUACUUGAGGGGUCUUUCAAACACCCAAAACAUGCAGAACCUAGCCAUGAGCUCUUUUCAUUAUCAGAAUCUGUCUUUCCUGGUGAUGAUUACCAUAUCCACAUGCCAAAAACUUCGGAGGACGGAUGUACGCAAGUUAGUAGUGAAGGUAUUGAGAAGCUUGAAAGUGAAAGUUUUGGGGAACAUCCUAUAGAGGCUGGGAACUCUGAAACAAGCUUUCCUGUUAUAGAUAUUCCUGCUUCUUCAUGGCCCACUAGUAGCACAAAUGAAGAUCUCCACCUAGAACCACCUUUACAUCUUACCCUUUUCCCAGAGUAUUUUAGUCCAGAGCGACCAAUAAGGACUUUUACUCGCUAUGAUGACAUUUAUUCCAUACUCCUGGAACACUCUCCUCGCAAACCUGUAUCCGUGGGAGCUAAUCAUCAAGCUGAUGUUCCAGCAUGGGAUUUUUUGGGGGCUACUAAUAGAUCAAAUGGCUCUGCUUCUGUUUCAGAUACAGAUGUUGGGGACAGGGAUGAAACUGAGAAAAGACUAAUGGGUACCUGUGUCAUUCCCUUGCCUCAGAUGGAAUUAUCUAGCAAUGAUGAUCAAACUGGGAAGGGAAGAACUGAUUGUAGCUGUGAAGAUCAGGGAUCAAUGAGAUGUGUCAGACAACAUAUUGCAGAAGAAAGAGAUAAACUUAUAAAAACCUUUGGGCCUCAGAAAUUCACUGAAUUGGGCUUCACUAACAUGGGAGAACAAGUGGCUGAAAAAUGGAGUGCUGAGGAUGAACAUCUAUUUCAUGAGGUUGUUUUCAAUAAUCCAGCAUCCCUUGACAAGAAUUUCUGGAACUAUCUUUCUAUUGCUUUUCCGUCACGAACCAAAAAGGAAAUAGUGAGUUACUACUUUAAUGUCUUUAUGCUUCGAAGAAGGGCUGAACAGAACAGAAAUGACCUAUUAAGCAUUGACAGUGAUAAUGAUGAAUGGCAAGGUAGUGACAGCAAUGAUAUUGCAACUCGAGAGGAAGAUGAGGACUCUGUUGCCGAGUCCCCUAUUUGUCAAGAUGAGACUUGUAUGGCUGACUGCCAUGAAAAUGAUCUGCAAGCCUAUGAUGAUAAGUAUGCUGCUGAUGAAACUUGUGCAGGUACUGAAACAGUGGAUUUUACUGGUAGGAACAUCCAUGAGGAUUCCAAAUAUGAUCCUGUAGAGACGCAUCACUCUAGUGGUUCCCCUCCUCUUAUUCAACCCCAGGAUCAACCUGUUUGGCAAGAUUCGUGUGAUGAAAAAGUUAAAGAUGAUUCAUGCACAUCUUCUGAUGCAGGAGUUGUCUCACAGGAGACUAAGAUGAAUACUGAGAAUGGGGAUCAUUGGUGUGGUAACUAUAAUGGGUUAAGCAAUGGAUAUAACCAAGGAUAUGUUUUGGAGCCUUGUGAUGCAAAAGUAUGGGAAUCUGGAUUUGUAUCAUGCUCUAAGAAUAAGAUUGACUUCUUACCAACAUGCAACAUGAUAGAAGAGGUUUUUGGAGAUGGACGAAGGCAAGACAUGAGAAGAGCUUGA